UUCGCGACGUUUCCAGCUCUGCUUGCUGCUCCCGGCCGGCCGAACGCCCCAGGACCCCGCCAUGCGGCCCCUGCUGCUCCUGGCCACGCUGGGCUGGCUGCUCCUGGCCGAAGCGAAGGGCGACUCCCAGCCGGAGGACAACCUCUUAGUCCUCACGGUGGCCACCAAGGAGACCGAGGGAUUCCGACGCUUCAAGCGCUCAGCCCAGUUCUUCAACUACAAGAUCCAGGCGCUUGGCCUGGGGGAGGACUGGAACAGUGGGCAGGAGACGCCAGCAGGUGGAGGGCAGAAGGUUCGGCUGCUGAAGAGAGCUCUGGAGAAGCACGCAGACAAAGAAAACCUAGUCAUUCUCUUCACAGACAGCUAUGAUGUGGUGUUUGCAUCGGGGCCCCGGGAGCUCCUGAAGAAGUUCCGGCAGGCCAGGAGCCAGGUGGUCUUCUCUGCGGAGGAGCUCAUCUACCCGGACCGCAGGCUAGAGGCCAAGUACCCAGUGGUGUCAGACGGCAAGAGGUUCCUGGGCUCUGGAGGCUUCAUCGGUUACGCCCCCAACCUCAGCAAACUGGUAUCCGAGUGGGAGGGCCAGGACAGCGACAGCGACCAGCUCUUUUACACCAAGAUCUUCUUAGACCCGGAAAAAAGGGAGCGGAUCAAUAUCACCCUGGACCACCGCUGCCGAAUCUUCCAGAACCUGGAUGGAGCCUUGGAUGAGGUCGUGCUCAAGUUUGAAAUGGGCCACGUAAGAGUGCGGAACCUGGCCUACGACACUCUUCCGGUCCUGAUUCAUGGCAAUGGGCCUACCAAGCUGCAGCUGAACUACCUGGGCAACUACAUCCCACGCUUCUGGACCUUCGAGACGGGCUGCACUGUGUGUGAUGAGGGCCUGCGCCUCCUCAAGGGCAUCAGGGACGAAGCUCUGCCCACAGUCCUGGUCGGCAUUUUCAUCGAGCAGCCCACGCCGUUCCUGGUGCUGUUCUUCCAGCGGCUUCUGCGCCUCCACUACCCCUGGAAACAGAUGCGGCUUUUCAUCCACAACCACGAGCAACACCACAAGGCCCAGGUGGAGCAGUUCCUGGCAGAGCAUGGCAGCAAGUAUCAGUCCGUGAAGCUCGUGGGCCCUGAGAUCCGGAUGGCCAAUGCUGAUGCCAGGAACCUGGGCGCAGACCUGUGUCGGAAGGACCAGAGCUGCACCUACUACUUCAGCAUGGACGCCGACGUGGCCCUGAAGGAGCCCGACACCCUGCGGCUGCUGAUUGAGCAGAACAAAAAUGUCAUCGCCCCCUUGAUGACCCGCCAUGGGAGGCUCUGGUCGAACUUCUGGGGGGCACUGAGUGCAGAUGGCUACUACGCCCGCUCCGAGGACUACGUGGACAUUGUGCAGGGUCGGCGUGUUGGUGUCUGGAAUGUGCCUUACAUCUCUAACAUCUACUUGAUCAAGGGCAGUGCCCUACGGUCUGAUCUGCAGCAGAAAGACCUGUUCCACCACAGCAAGCUGGACCCCGACAUGUCCUUCUGUGCCAAUGUCCGGCAGCAGGCCGUGUUCAUGUUCCUGACCAACCGGCACACCUUUGGGCACCUGCUCUCCCUGGACAGCUACCAGACCACCCACCUCCACAAUGACCUGUGGGAAGUGUUUAGCAACCCUGAGGACUGGAAGGAGAAGUACAUCCAUGAGAACUACACCAAAGCCCUGGAGGGGAAGCUGGUGGAGACGCCUUGCCCGGACGUUUACUGGUUCCCCAUCUUCACGGAGGCGGCCUGUGAUGAGCUGGUGGAGGAGAUGGAGCACUAUGGCCAGUGGUCUCGGGGUGAUAACAAGGACAACCGCAUCCAGGGUGGCUACGAAAACGUGCCAACUAUUGACAUCCACAUGAACCAGAUCAACUUUGAGCGGGAGUGGCACAAGUUCCUGGUGGAGUACAUUGCCCCCAUGACGGAGAAGCUCUACCCCGGCUACUACACCAGGGCCCAGUUUGACCUGGCCUUCGUUGUCCGCUAUAAGCCUGAUGAGCAGCCCUCACUGAUGCCACACCAUGACGCUUCCACCUUCACCAUCAACAUUGCCCUAAACCGGGUGGGAGUGGACUACGAGGGCGGAGGCUGUCGGUUCCUGCGCUACAACUGCUCCAUCCGUGCCCCGAGAAAGGGCUGGACCCUCUUGCACCCCGGGCGGCUCACGCACUACCACGAGGGGCUCCCCACCACCAAGGGCACCCGUUACAUCGCCGUCUCCUUCGUCGACCCCUAAUUGCCCAGAGCUGGCCACCUCCGACUUUUUCUCUUUGCUGACAACCACUGCCAGAAGCUUCCAGGGCCUCAGUGUCCCAGGGAGCUGGUCCAUCUUCCAGGCUCUUGACUCCCUGUUGCUCGGGGAACCUCCAGUCAGAGAGAUGGGGCAUGCAGGCCACAGGCGGAGCAGAUCUCCUUGUCUGAGGCUUUCCGGAUGCUCUGGCCCCUCCCUGGAGAGGCAGUUCACUGUCACUGCUUUGUAGAGAGUCAUCCUUCCCAAACCUUCUUCCUGAAAAACUGAGUUCCCCUUUCUCUGCUUCUUCCACUGGGCGAGACCUGGGCAGAGCUGGGGCUUACCCAAGGCGCCCAGAGAGUCUCCAGGGGCAACAAGCCAUGCCCCAGAGCUUCUCCCAGGCAGAGCCACAGCCCCAGGGACUUCCUGCUUCAAGCUUGGGGUAGACACAGAGACCUGGGUCAGACUCAUGCUCCUGCCCUGACCCUGGGACCAUGGAAGCCCCCCAUUCUCUAUGGUUCCUGUCAUGGCAGCAAAAACUUGUCCCCUGGAGACAGCGACUCAGAAGACCUCCCGGAAGGCAGAAGGGAAUCUAUUUAUGCCACAGCUGGAUCCUCUACUUGACCCUUGCUGGGGGAGGCGGGAAGUGUCCACACACUGUACUGGGUCACCCUGUCCCUAUGCCUCUGGCGAGAGGGACUGACAGAAACAGGAGAGUUUCUAUUAAACGUCAUGACAACCAUG